ACUUCAGGAUGUUACAUCCAUGUGUACAGAAUAAGUGAGAAAUUAUCUUUUCGAUGACACUUUUAUAAAUUUUAUUCACAAAUUAGAAAUUACUCCCAGAAUAUUUUCGAUUGCAUUCAAGGGAGAUAAUUUCAAAAGUGGUUUUGCUAAAGGAAAGGGAGUUAAUGCAAAAGGAAAUUAGUUUGAAUGAGGAAAAUAAUUGUAUUUAGUUGGCUUGUCAUCAAAGUGGGGAAGGUAAUUCUGGAAGGGUGGCGGAAUAAGUUAGAAAAGUGGAGUUUUCCGAGCUAGCCAAUGUCUUGUCACACCUGGUGCAGACGACAUCGCAGGAAUUAAGGGGCAGGAGAAGACAACUCCAGCUGUCUCCAAAUCUCAUUGAUAUUACGAUGAACCUCAAACACUUGCUUAGAAAAUUUGAACAGGAUCUGCAAGCUGAGGUUGAUGCCCAGGAAAGUACAUACGAUUCAUUGACCACAGCUGGGAACCAGUUAUCACACAGAAUGGUGGGAACCGAUAUUCAGCGACUACAUAAACGUCUGGAGGAGAUGAACCAACGCUGGCUUAGUCUGAUGACAAAAUCCAUGGAAAUCAGAGGUCGUCUGGAGACAAAUGCAGAGCAAUGGUUACGUCUGCUUCACACAAUACAAGACCUGUUGGCAUGGAUACUCAAGAAACAGCAUGAUCUCAAAGCUCAACGACCAGUUGGGGGAGAUAACUCUACAUUGCAAAAGCAGAUGGAGUCAAAUAAGAAUUUACGGGAAGAAUUGAGUAUGAAGCGUCAGUUGGUCGAGCAGACGUUGGAAGCCGGGCGCCUGUACCUGCAGGAAGAAGGGGAAGAUAACCGGCUCAGUGUAGAUAGUGGAGACAGCAGCGAGACAGGUGAUAUAAGUUUAGAGAAAUCACCCGAGCAUGAAGCUCAGGAGCUCAUUAAAAAGAUUAGACGUCAGAUCCGCCUCUUAAAUAGAAAGUGGGCGGAGCUUAACCAAAAUUGUAACCAAUGGCAAGCCAUUUUAGACGAGGUCUCAGAGAAAAUGACAUUCUUCCAAGAUUCCAUGGAUGAUUUAAAUGAAAGUUUAGUUAAAGCCGAACAUGAGAAGGAUAGCUGGCAGCCUGUAGGUGACAUCCUCAUAGAAAACCUGCAGUAUGAGAUAGAGAAAACUAAAACAUAUCAGCAAGCAGUAGCCCCUAUACAGGGUCAGGUAGACAAUGUAAACGACCAUGUUAAUGAUUUUGAGGCAGCCAAUGUUGUACUGUCACAUGUUUUUUCUAUGUUUAGAUGGAAAGAAAUCCAGUUAUCUGCUGAAGAUAGGUUAAAAAAUCUCCAUGAUGCCUUCCGUGCUUUUGGUCCGAACUCUCAACAUUUCCUCUCAGCGUCAGUUGAACCUCCAUGGGAACGAUCAGUUGCUGGUAACAAAGUGCCUUAUUAUGUCAAUCAUACAACACAAACCACUCAUUGGGACCAUCCAGAGAUGACUCAACUUAUGGAAGCUCUUAAUGAUCUAAACAAUGCAAGGUUUGCAGCAUAUAGAACAGCCAUGAAACUACGUCUAGUACAGAAAAAACUCUGCUUGGAUCUUGUUGAUAUGGAAGCAGCAACAGACUGGUUUGAGAAGCAAGGAUUACGUGGUCACAAUGACAACCUCAUGGACGUUAUCGAGAUUAUAAACUGUGUGGCGGCCAUGUAUGAAGCAUCCGCUAAAAAUAACAACAAUAUUAUCAAUGUUCCACUUUGUGUAGACUUGGUGCUAAACUGGAUGUUAAAUGUUUAUGAUGUAACGAGAAGUGGUAAAAUUCGUGUUUUGUCGUUCAAGGUCGGUGUGAUAUUAAUGUGUAAUGGUCACGUAGAUGACAAAUAUAAAUUUUUGUUCCGGUUGAUAGCAGAUAAGAAUGGUUUAACAGAUCAGCGUAAACUUGGCUUGUUACUCCAUGAUUGUAUGCAAGUACCCCGGCAGCUUGGUGAGGUUGCGGCAUUUGGUGGCAGUAAUGUGGAACCAAGUGUUAGAAGUUGUUUUGAAAAGGUAAAAGGUAAACCAGAGAUAGAGGUUAAAACGUUCCUAGAAUGGUUACGAAUGGAACCGCAAUCGCUCGUCUGGGUACCAGUCAUGCAUCGUUUGGCGGCAGCGGAAAAUGCCAAACAUCAAGCAAAGUGCAAUAUUUGUAAAACGUUUCCAAUUGUAGGGUUAAGAUAUCGAUGUUUACGAUGUUUUAGCUUCGACAUGUGCCAGAAUUGUUUCUUCUCAGGACGGCGGGCAAAACACCAUAAAUUAACUCAUCCUAUACAAGAAUACUGUUCAACUACCUCUUCUGGGGAAGAUAUUCGAGAUUUCACCAAAGUUGUCAAAAAUAAGUUCAAAACCAAACGGCAUUUUCGAAAACAUCCUCGUCUGGGUUAUCUCCCUGUACAAACAGUGCUUGAGGGAGAUGCAUUAGAAAGGUGAGUUACUUCCCCUGAUUUGUUUUUCUCCUUGUUCUUUG